GAAUGAAGUAGCAUGAAAUUAUCAGGUUUCCUGGCGGAGGCGGGGAAUCAGUUUUUUUCUUUUUGUAAUAUAUUGUAUACCAACAGAGGGCGAUAAUACGUCACGGAUGUAAAACGCCUAAGUACAGCCCAAUCCCAAGGCUACAUUCAACUGAAAAACGACUUUGUUUACAGUUUGUGAAGCAGACAUUCCAAAGAUGUUCGGAGAUAAAACGUUUAAGUCCUUUUCAAUAGAUUUCGACGCACCGAAUGGGAUUCACCUUUUCUCAAGCGGCGAUGUUGUUUCAGGGCGAAUUAUUUUCGAAUUAUCAAAAGAAAUAAGAGUUAAUUCGAUCUCUGUGAUUGGAAAGGGAAAAGCGAAGGUUGCGUGGAGCACCGGGUCGAGGAAGAAUAGAAGACAUUAUUCUGCAAGAGAGGACUAUUUUAACAUGAAGAGCGACAUCAUACAACAAAACGGUUUGGCAGCUUUGUAUCUUGUGUAGCUCACAUUAGCUUGCUGUCUUUGCAAGUGUUAAAUUACAUUUCCGUGUUUUUCGUUUACUGUGCAGUUGUAGUAGGGCAACUAACCAGCGUGUGUAUUGUAUGAUUGCAUUUGAGUGUUGUUGUUUUUUUCGACCUUUACAGGGGCUAUUGGUGGUGGCGAGAUGGUCCUUCGCCAAGGAACGCAUGUCUACCCAUUCACAAUGCAGCUGCCACAAGGAAAUUUUCCGUCAGCAUUUCAAGGGGUUCACGGCAGAGUGACCUACGCUUUGGUAGUUCAGAUACACCGACCAUGGCAUUUGGCCAAGGAGUUCCGGGCAGAAUUGAAUUUUGUCAGCCACAUAGAUGCCAACCACCCACAACUGCUGGAACCAUUGGCGGCUUCCAAUAGCAAGGAGCUGUGUUGUCUCUGCUGUACUUCCGGGCCCAUCUCCAUGAACGCUGGUCUGGAGAGGAAGGGUUUUGUUCCAGGAGAAAUGAUUCAGAUCAACGCAGAGUUUGAGAACUCCUCUUCCCGGACAGUCAUUCCCACGGCAACGCUCGUACAGACGCAGACCUUCUACACAAUCAGCAGAUCAUCAAAGAGACUUGUACCUAAAGAACUCGUCAAGAUUGAGGGAAGGCAUCUCAUGCCCAAUAGUACAGGAGUGUGGGGCGACCAAAUGCUGCAGAUACCUGCUAAUACACCCCUCACCAUCUCAAACUGCCAGAUUCUGGAGGUGGACUACUAUCUGCUGGUGAGUCUGAAAAUUCCCAAUGGAGUCAACCUCAAGGUCCUUAUCCCUCUGGUGAUUUGCUCUAUUCCUGUGUACCGUCCUCCUGCAGACUUCUAAAAACCGCACAGAUGCCUUGGAAAUCAGACUGCCACUAUCCUCAGUACCUGAAUGGGUCUGUGCCUUGUGUUGCUUUUUUACAUCAUAUUUGUAGGUUAUGUGAUAUCACCACUUUUUCCGUUCAAGCCAGGUCUGUACAGAAUCUACAAUUUCAGGGUUGCAUUUUCUGUCUGGAGAAUUUUGUAAUCUGCCAUUUUAAUCUGGUUUAAUACUCAGAACAACUGACGUGCGAACAUUUUUUGAUUUUAUAACUUUGAAGCUAUUUACUGCACAAAUCAAUUUCCUUACCUCAGCGAAGGUCAGAGUAGUGCAACAGAAGUAUGUGUUUGCCGGAUAUCCCCAGACGAAAGGUCUCGCAUUUGAUUUGUAGAUAUUUACUGUGAAUCUUUUAUCUAGUUUUGAACGUUGAUGCUCUUUUUAAUCCUGAUGACUCGAGAGUGAAUGUGGCAGUCGACAUUGGCUCAGGAGGUUAGAGCAGUUGUCUGGCAGUUGGAAGGUUGCCGGUUUGAUCCCACCCUGGGUGUGUCAAGGUGUCCCUGGGCGAGACACCUGACCCUCAAGUGCUUCUGACGAGCUGGUUGGUGCCUUGCAUGGCAGCCAAUCACCGUUGGCGUAUGUGUGUCAAUGGGUGAAUGAGAAUGAGAACAGUUGUACAGCGCUUUGGAUAAAGGCGCUAUAUACAACAUGCAGAUCAUUUACCAUUUGAUGCUAGCUGAGAUUUAUCUUCAAAAAUAAUAAUUAAUUCCAUGCAUAUGUAAAAACAUACCUGUACUUUUCUACAUUAUCUUACACAAGUAAUGUGUAAAAAUGAUACAUUUCACAUUCAUAUCCAAAAUGCCAUCUAUAGUGUCUGCUGUAUGUCUACAUGCAGCAUUUGUAACUGGUGCCAUACAGGCUCAUAUCGGAUAUAACAAACUGCUUUGACCUGGGCUUGGGUAGCAGAUGACUGACAUUUGCAGUAUUUUAGUGAGUUUUAGUGUCUAGAAAAGUGCUGUAUACACUCAGUGAUCACUUUAUUUGGUAAACCAGCUUGUUAAUGCAAAUAUUUAAUCAGCUAAUCAUGUGGCAGCAACAAAAUGUAUGCAAGCAUGCAGACGUGGCAGAGAGGUUAAGCUGUUUUUUGGACAAAAUGUCAGAUUGGGGAAAAAAAAAAGACCAUGGAAUGAUUGUUGGUGCCAGACAGGGUGGUUUGAGUAUCUCAGAAACUGUUGAUCUCCUGGGAUUUUCAUGCACAAUAGUCUCUAGAAUUUGCAGAGAAUAGUGCGAAAAAUAAAACCCUUCUAGUGAGCAGAAGUUCUGUGGGCAGCAACACCUUGUUAAUGAGAGAGAUCAGAGGAGAAUGGGCAGACUGAUCGAAGCUGACAGGAAGGUGACAGUAACGCAAAUAACCACACAUUACAACAGCGGUACGCAGAAGACCAUCUCUGAACACACAACACAUCAAACCUCUAAGUAGAUAGGCUGCAGCAGCAGAGGACUUAAUAAGAAAAAAUCUAAUAAAGUCUAAAAUACCUAAUAAAGUGCUCACUGAGUGUAAAUACAAUGAUCUAUCUUUCUAUCUACAUCUAAGAACAGGGAGAGGAGUACAGAUUUGGCAAAUUUGGUCAAAGACAGAUUGCCAGUGCAUCAUGCCUGAGAUAGUUGAAAGGAAAAAUACUGCUUGGUAUGCCUUAAAAAAGACAAAAAAGCCAAUCCCUGAUCCUUCAACAGGCAAUUGAGCUUUACAAAUAAUCUGUACAAUGUUAUGUAAUAAUUAUACACAUUUGUAUAAUCUUUAUAAUUUGUGGACCAGGUCGUGUCAUAUAAAAUGCUUUUCAAUUGUCCCGUUUUCGUUUUCAU